AUGGUUCAAGAAACUUCUUCAAUCCCAAUUUUCUGAACAUAGCCAUCAACAUUGAUCAUGACCAUACAUCACACUGCUUGCUUCACGCUUCAGGUCGCCGGCCGGAAAAUGGCAAUGACGAGAGGCGGCGGCUCACUACGAAUGACGGUGGGAUCUGGCAGAGGAGAUCUGUGCGCAUGUGGUUUCGGCUUGUUACUCUUUUUAGGAUUAACUGCAUUUUGCCUUUGGUUAAGCCUGCGACCCAACGAACCCAAGUGCUCCGUCGCAACCUUCAUUGUUCCUGAACUGAACAAAACCUCAAAUGCAACUACCAACUCCGCCAUAAUCUUCAUGGUCGACUUUGAUAAUGGAAACAAGGAAUCUGGGAUUCGAUACGACAACGUCAACUUUACUGUCGGUGUUUUUCUUGAUCGGAAUAGCACCAAUCCGAUUGGUAGCUCCACCAUUGCCGGGUUCUAUCAGGGGCGCAAGAAGAAUGCGAAGAAGUGGAGCUCUGUUGAAACACAUGCCGGAGCACUUAACCGGACGGCGAAGAUGAACGGUAAAGCAUACUUCCGGGUGAAUUUUACGACGUCGGUGAAGUACAAGAUCAUGUUCUUUUACACAGCACGACACAGAUUAUGGGGAGGAGUUAAUGUAGCCGUUAAUGAUGCCGGCAUGAAAGAUGAGAAAGAUGAUAUCAGACUCGGACACUCCCUUCCGGUAAUUGUGUCUGGCGCAACCCAGCUGGCGACGGGCUGCUAUCUCUUACUUCUGGUUCUGGGUCUUCUUGUCCAUUUUGUACCUUUAGGUUUUUUCCUCUAG